CGGAUAUCUGAAAUUUGCACCUUAAAUCAUGCAUCAAGCAUAAGACAGCAGAAUAUCUCUGACUAAAAAUUCAUAAUUGUAUAUAUUUUACCAAUAAUAACUCCAAACGUGAAACAUAUGUGGCUAAAGCCGAUAAAAUGCUGCUCCGCACGAAGUAUAUGUUCAUUCAACGAGUGCUCGCUAUGGAAUGAGAGAAGGAAAACUAAAGGACGGUAAAAACGAGCAACUGCGCUUGCGCGUAUUUCGAUCUCUGGCAUCAUUUUACGAUUCUUUUACUGUGGGAACUACACAUACGUUGAAUUUUUUCUUCCCUCCGUGUAAGAGGAAUUACUGAAUCAUUGAGUAUUGUUUUCGAGCGAAGACGUUAAAUUGUCAUCAAACAGCUGUUAUACUCGCACGGUGGUAUCGUACACCACCUCGCGCUACGUUUAUGCUAAAUUAAAUAAUUUACGUAAAAAUUUAUAUGGUGAGGAAACAGUUUUAAAAUACUCUACUGAUGGAAGAAAAGGCUAGACGGAGUGAUGUAGAUAAUUCCGCAGUCAAGUGCGAAGUUUCGACGAUCGCGAAACAUGAUCUGUAUUACAAAGCAGUACUUCAAUUGGAAUCGGGUACUUCUGCUUCCUAUAGGCUUGUGGCCUGACAAGGAAACAAAAUUCACUCGUUUCGUGGCAAAGUUAUUUUGUUGUCUUCUGAUGAGCAACAUUGCAUUUCAGGAUCAACAAAUUUCAUGUUUGCAGCUGUCACGACUCUUCUUUGCAGAAUGUAACUUUGAUCUUGUUAGCAAAAUACUUUCUUCCUCGUCAUUUUUUGUCACGCUCGCGAUUUUGUUCAUGUGUUUUUGGAUUAAUAUGGAAACUAUGAACUAUUUAUUACAUCAAUUGCAACACAUUUACGAUGGGCUAAAGGAUCAAAACGAAAUUGCUAUCUAUGAAAAAUAUGGAUACAUUGGAAAAUGUAUUACGGCCAGACUGACAAUAUUUGCUCUGUGUGGUAUACUUUCUACUUGUAUCAUGAUAUAUUCGCCGCACAUUCUUGACAUCGUCAUGCCGAAAAAUGAGUCUUACGCAAUUCACACGAUGGAAAUGGUGACCAAGUACUUCGUUGUAUCAGAAAAGUAUUAUUUUUUAAUUCUUGUGCAUACGAACGCAGCCUGUUCUGUAGGAUUGAUUGUAUUAGUAGGGACAGGCACAAUGAUGAUAUCGUAUAUCGAGCAUGUUUGUGGAAUGUUUGAGAUUGCCAGCUACCGAAUUGAGCAAGCAAUGGCGGUCGAGUUGUUACAUAACACUGACAUAAAGAAUGAAAUUGUUAUUUGCAGAGGAAUAAUCUAUGCCGUAGAUAUACAUCGCAAAGCCAUGGAGGUCGCCAAAUGUUUUAUAACUAAAACUGAAGUACUAUUUUUCUUGUUAGUUAUAGCUGGUGUGCUUUGCUUGAGUUGCAACCUUUUUCGUAUAUUUAAAAUUGAGUCUCCUAUGGAGCAAGUGGAAGAAAUUUUAUUACACUUUUUCGCUAUAAUAGUCAUGCUCGUGGGUUCAUACCUAGCCAAUUAUGUUGGACAAGAAAUUAUAGAUCACAAUAAUCAUGUAUAUGUAACCAUAUACAAUGUUUCAUGGUACUUAGCACCGGUACAAAUACAAAAAUUGAUACUAUUUUUAAUACAAAGGAGCUGUCGAAUUUUCACCCUGAAUGUCGGUGGAUUAUUUACAUCAUCUUUAGAAUGUUUCGCUACAGUAAAGCUAUUUCAUUUAUUUAUACAUAUUGUUGAAGGAAGCAGGUUAUUGGAUUGCGCUAUAGGAAAAGAUUCGAGAUAAUUUCUUUACUAUACAAUAUCUACUUGACUUCUCACGAGCUAACUUAUCGACUAUGCUGAUCGCGCAUAAGAGUAAUAUGACCACCGAAGCGGAUUCACGCAGCACGAGGAAGAAGGAAAUGAUAAGCAUUCAUAGAAGUACCGCACAACAACCUUGUUCAACCUUGUCAACCUUGUUCUAAUAUAUUAUUAUGUAUUGAUUGAAAGCAUGCAAAACUUGCUCCAACAACAAUAUUAUAUAAUACAUUACACGUAUUAUGAAGACAUUUUUUAGUUAAGAGUCAUCUCAUUGAUGUGUUAUUUUUACAUUAACACAUUUACAAUAGGAUAUGAUUAUAUAUUGGAAGAGUAAAAAUGUUCGAUUUUUGCAUGAAAGUUUACUAUAUUAUUCAUUAGGAACAUCAACCAAAUAUGUUAUUCAUUCAUUAACCAAGUAAUUGUUGCCUGCAAUAUAGAUAAUAUCAGCAUUGUUGCCCAUAUUACAUGUAAAUUGAUUUGAAAAAUUGAAAAUUCAUCUGAACAUUUUAACUGGCCCAAUACAUCACAUGUGUAAUAUCGUAUAUCUUGUUCAAGUAUCACAAACAGGAACUUUACUUGUUUACAGCUGGUGAGUGCGUCAGUAUCUUACUUCACCUUCAUGUACUCCAUGCAGCAAUAAUAAAAAAAACUAAAAA